AUGGCGUCGGACUUCUUGGGCAAUUUCAGGAAGCUGAGUGAUGCGUACUCGGCGUCGAACCUCUUGACCCGCAAGACCUCUGGCCUCUCCGUGUUUGCAGAAGCCUUCGAGAUGGGGAAAGUGCACCAGGCGUUGCAGGAAGAGCUGAGUAAGACACAGAACGGGCAGCUUGCACACGUGAGUCGUCGUGAUCGCAUUUAUGUGACGAGCCUUUCUGCCUUCCUGCCGGACUUCGCGGUCGCGUGCUCGGUUCUUGGCAAGGCGGCUCUUCUCGGGACUGUCUCGGACCACAUUCCUGUCAUGGCAGCGAUCAGGCGGUUCUACCCUGCAGAGUUCCCGCAGAUCCCAUCCUGGAUCGGCCGGCAUCCUAUCUGUCACACCGGGUUGGCGUUCCUUUCGGGUGGCCUGGACGGAGCUCUGCCGACUGUGGAUCAGGCGACCGCGGUCCGCUGCCUCGCGGGCGGCGCGCCGAGGCGUGCGCUGCCCGCUGCGGCGCGGCCGACGAGGCCGGGCCCGCCCAGGCGAGCCGAGGGCGGCGCCGCGGGGGCCGCGCCGCCACCAGGCAACUGGACCCAGAGCGGCGGCCUCGGCGCCCUCGCGGAGGAGCUGCGCCGACGGGGCGGCGAUUCCGCGCCGCCUGCGCCCGGGCGUGCCUUCGACCGAUUCGAGCGAUUCCGGGCCCGACCGAUUGCGGCCGCCAUGGCGGCGCACUGCCGGGUGUGCCUGGCCCGCGGCGUGGCCGGCCUCGCCCUCCCAGGCUCGGAGGUCUGCGGGGCGCAUCGGCCACUCGGAGCCGCCGCAGCUGACGUGGCAUUCCCGCCGCCCGCUGCAGACGCUCUCGGGGAGAACUGGAGAUCGACCUUCCGCGCGCGGCCGCUGGACGCACGCCUCCGCCGGCAGUGGCUUCUCGACGAGCGGCGCGCCCGAGCAGAGCAUGGCGGGCCCUCGCUCCCGUCGGCCGACGACUCCCGAUGGCGCCUCCGGCUGAGCGACGUGCAGGGCGCGCUGGACGGCGGGACGUGCGCCAACACAGUGGCAUAUUCCGCGUGCGCGUUCUCCACGCUGAGCUUCUUGGCGCAACUGGGCGCGCCGCCGUCGGGGUGGGCGAAACUCGAGGCCGAGGCGUUGCAGAUGCUGUUCCUGGUCCGUACCGGUGGGCGCCGCCUGCUGCUGUUCACGGCGGGCUCCGGCUUGCAGAACGGGCGACGAGACUCCGACAGGUGGGCGCGCGGCCUCCCAGAGCACAUCAUGUUGGACCGCGUCAUGUCCACAUCUCCUGCGAUCUCUCAGCUGUGCGCCCCGCGGGUGCUCGCCGCAUGCAUCAGGACCUUGUGGAACUGCUGGGCCACGAGCCGCCGAUUCCAGAGACGGGCAACUUGCUUCUUUGGAUGUUCGGGGGGGUGA